UUAAUUAUUAAUGUUAUAUUACCUUUAGAUCCUUUGAUUCUCCGUUGACCUUGACUCUCUAUCAAGGGGCUUUUUUUGAGCUUCCUAACCAUCUUGCUUGGUUGCCAAAUAUAUAACUUUCAUGACCCUAAAAUAACUCUCCAUCAUCUACCACCACUCUCACUAAGACCCAUGAUGUCCUCCUUUCUCCAGGAUAACCUCCCUCUAAAUCUUAUAAAUAAAAUCCACCAACACCAUCUCAGGGGCUCAUGAUACGAUAACAAAAAACUCUGCCAAAUUGUUAUUCUACAAAAAAUCUGAAUACAAUCCUCCAACUUCUCCAUUAAUUUAUCUUGCAUUUUAGUUGAUAUUAUUUGUUCCUUGCUCUCAUCGUCGAUCUGACUUGAGCGUUGGAGAGGUUUUCCGGAAGAUCACCCCCGGACAAGGCUAACGUGUGGUGAUGCAGGAGUUCAGGUCACAUUGGUAGAAGAAUUACUUCGCAUCUCCAGGUCGUGGACAAUUGAUUUCUACAACACUUCGCAUUCAGUACUUCCCACACACAACACAAGCAAUCUUCAUUCUUCCAUGCAAAUGUGAAAUAAAAAGAUAUUUCAGAAAAUGUUCAAGAAUCAGCUACAAGAACUAGCACAAAGAAGUUGCUUCAAUUUGCCAUCUUAUGCUUGUAAAAGAGAAGGACCUGAUCAUGCUCCUAGAUUCAAAGCUUGUGUUAAUUUUAAUGGGGAAGUAUUUGAAAGCCCUACAUAUGCUCCUACUUUAAGACAAGCUGAACAUUCUGCUGCUGAAGUUGCCCUUAAUACUCUUUCUUCUAGAGGCUCUAAAUCUCUUACUGCCAGAGUUCUUGAUGAGACUGGAGUUUAUAAGAAUCUGUUACAAGAAACAGCGCACAAAGCAGGGCUGAAUUUACCAGUUUAUACAACCAUAAGAACAGGUCCAGGACAUGUUCCUGUGUUUACUUGCACUGUGGAGCUUGCUGGUAUGACUUUUACUGGUGAUUUUGCUAAGACCAAAAAACAAGCUGAGAAAUAUGCUGCUAUUACUGCUUGGUCUUCUUUGAAGAAAAUGCCAAGUUUGUUUCCAAAGAAAGAAUCAACAGAAAAGGAAGGAGGAGAACAAGAUCAAGUGAUUGUAACUAGGGUUCUUUCAAGUUUUAGACCUCAGAAAUUAGGAAGACAAAAAGAUCAAUUUCAUCAUCAUAGAAGAUCAAGAAAUGCAAGAUCUUGGAGAUCAAAUCAUUCACAAAUAUCUGCUGAUAUACCCUUUAAGCAUCCUUCUGCUACUAAUUCUACUACACAACAGCAAUACAAAGAAAGUUUUGUUGAUCUUCUACCUCCUCCGCCACUAAGAUCAACCUCUAAAGUCUUACCUUUAACUUCCAAGACAAAGACAAUCAGAAAUUUCCAUCAUGAUUAUACCAUGCAGAAACCUCAAGAACAAGGCUGUUAUUAUCAAACCAAUUUCAGGAACUUAUAUGUGGGUCCAGAGUCAUCAUCCUUAAGUUGUGCUCAAAUGGGUAUUAUGGGUAAUUACAACACUAAUCUUAAUGGAAUUGCUCCUGCUGUCCAGAUUAGAUCUGUAAUCCCAGUUUGUGCAACUCCUCCAUCUUCAUCUGUUAAACCCAUGAACUUAAACCUUUCAAAACCGGAAGAAUUAUCAUUUUCUUCAACCAAUAAUCUCAGUUCUGAACUUAGUAGGUUGCACCUCAAAGAUCAGGAUUAAUUAGUUAAACAAUCAAUAGUAAAUUAAUCAUCCGUGUCUUUGAAUUUCUUAAAUCACACAAGUUAAGCGACAUCUUCUGUCUCUUCGAAUUUGCUAAAUUACGAAAGUUGAAGCGAGAUCCUAAAUCUCUUUAGAUUUGCUAAAUUAUGCAACUCGAAGCGAGAGCUUUUACGGAGUAAUACUGAUAGUUCAAGGAGAUGGGAUAAUGGUAAAGAUUAUAAUGAAUUAAGUAGCCUAGUAGUCUACUAGUCUAUGUUACAUUGACGUUCUUACAAUUAGUAACAGAGGCACAUGUCUAAGUGUAGUAGCACUCGAACAUUUGCAGAAUGUGACAUGCUUCAUUGCAAAAUUAGUAUCUGUGUGUCUAAAUCUAUGUCCGACUAUUUAACGGUCAUGUAAUCACCCCUAACAAAAACCAAAAAUUACUCUGCUUCGUAGAUGUAAAACUUGUAAUGAAACAUGUCCACUAGUUCUACUAUUGAAAGUCAAUGUUACAUACUACGUAAUCUUUUGUAGUAUUAGUAAAGUUUUGUGGAAUGGUACAAGUAUUCUAUUUUAAGGUAUACUCAUUACUCGUCUUUGGGCUCCACUCUAUCUAGUCUAGUAAAAUUGGCAAUAAAUUUGUUACAAUUGUAGUCUCUCUUCCUAUAAUUGUUCUUUUUUAGCAGAGUUGUAGAAUUAAUUUUGAAGAAAAAUAGAGAUAAUAUA